CAUUGCUCAGUCAGUGCCCCGGCUCUAUUUAUAACACAUACUUAACACAAACACUGGAUCUUUCAAUGCACAUGGCAGUUCAGUCAGCGGUUCUCUUCUUGGAAAGUCAGAUAGGGGGAUCAGUGUGUUGCUUCACAUUAGGAAACUUAAUGGGAGAAGAUUAAAAAGAUGAGUCAUCGCUCUCGAGCCUCCAGGCAGCGGCAGCACGUCCACUGCGAUUCCUGUUACAGCCGAUGCUGCAGGGCUCGGGUGGAGGCCUCAGUGUGCUGUGCGCUGAUCCCCUGCCGUCUGCUCUGCGGCGCCCUCUUCCACCUGUGCAAGGAGGAGGAUCACCUGCUGCUCUGUCCCAACGUGAGAGUGCCCUGCCUCAAUGCAGAGUACGGCUGUCCGGUCCAGCUGCCGCGCUCCUCCAGGGCAGCCCACCUCCAGGUGUGUCCAGCCAGCGUGGUGUGCUGCUCCAUGGAGUGGAACCGCUGGCCGGUCAACGAUGCUCAUUCUCAUCCCAACACAGAGCUGCAUGAGAACUUGCUGAAAGAGCAAAGUGAAUGUCUUGACCUGGGCUUGGCCCUGAAAGACCAGCAGCAGCUGUUUCACUCCAUAAAAAUGAAGAAUCUGUUCCCGGAGCUGCUUCAGAGUGUAGAGGAAGAGGAUGGAGAAGAGGAAAGAAGAAAAGAAAAAGAGAAGAAGAAAAAAGUUUCACAGGACAAGGAGGCAGCAGAGAGGGCAGCUGCAGAAGAAGCAAGUCAAACACUUUGGGAGUCUUUUAACAAGUUUAACAUCAACCUCCCCAGUGAGAACGAGAGUGAAGAUGAUGGUGAGGUCGAAAACCAGCCUGUACUCACUCAGGAAGAAAGGGAGGCUAUUGCCAGGGCCUCAAAUGUGGAUCCUGAUAAUUUGGAAAGCUAUAAUGCCUGGGAGCGCAUGUUCAGUAUGGAGAUGAGUGGCUGUCGGGAGACCGAAGCGACUGCUGUGGCAGGAAAAGGAAAGAGUAAGGGGAAUAGAAAAGGCUUGAAUACUCUGACAGAAGAGGAUGAGGCAGCAGCAUCUAGCAGCUCCAAAGCAGUGGCCGGUGCAUGUCCCACACCAUCUUCCUCGUGCUCUGCUGUAAAACCGAAGAAGACCUUUGUGUACGGACACGUGGAGCCAAUGAAAAUCAUCACAGUGCGCACCUUUAAAGUCCCUACCAGCUUUUCUGCAAGGCACAGCCGCAUCCGCAACCCUGGAUUUUACAAGAAGGAAUCUAAAAUUGUGGAUACCAGUGACCUGGGUGUGGGGGUGGAGAGCAUGCCAGUGUGGGAGGAAGUUCAGGCGUCCCUGCUAUGCUCCUUGGAGAAAGAGUGUAGGGGUCACCUCAUUGCAGAGACCGUUAGCUCAGACAGCCUGUUGACAGACGAAGGCACGCAGACCUUCAACUUCCAGUCCGCUCCUUUCGGGAAAAACAUGUCACUCAUUGACCUGACUGCAAGCAAACCACUGGAGCUGCACCUUCAGUUGCAAGUGGAGGGCGUCACUAGCCGUCACCAUAAGGCAAACUCCACCUUUACCUUUGUUUGUGGACGCACUUUCCAGCGCAGAGAAUAUGGCAAACAUUAUAAGAACAUCCACUGUGACAUUCAAAUGAGCGUGAAUGGCUGGUUUGAGCAGCGAUGCCCUCUGGCAUACCUGGGAUGCACCUACAACCAGAGGAGGUUUCAGCCUUUAACUCAUGAGGCCACUGUCAACUACAAUCCGGAUUUGGGCUGCUUCGGCCUGCAUCCCACUGUUCCUGUGUCUAUGACCGACUCCUCCGACGCCCAAAAGAGGAGACGAGGUCAAAAUGAAAGAGGAGAUGACUCUUUAAGUUCACUUCCGUAUGAGGUCCUAUGCCAUAUAGCCAGUUUCCUGGACAGCUUGUCCCUGUCCCAGCUGGCCUUGGUGUCCCCCCUCAUGAGGCAGGUGUGUUCGUCUCUGCUGCAAGAGAGAGGGAUGGUCACCCUCUGCUGGGAGAAGACGUCCUCACAUGGAAAGAUCAAGUGGAAGGUGAAGCAGAAGGCUUGGCAGUUCAGCACUUUGUUUUCUCCUGUGGAUGCUUGGUGUUUCCGAAAUGUGCCGUCCAUCUCGGAGCAUCUAAAAGUUUGUCCAUACAAUAAGAUAGAAUCCAAGAUGGAGAAGAUUCGCCUUCCACGUGUCAGAAGAGAAACCCAAAGCAACACAAGCUGUAAAAAUUCAACACUGGUUUCCAUGUUCCAGCAGAACAAGAGGAUAAUGAUGUAAAAGACAUCCAUCUUCUUUCUUUUAUUUUGUGUGUUUUUAGAAGAACAGCAAUAUUUAAAAAAAAAAAAAA